AUGAGUACUAUAAUUAACGUUGACUGUGAAGGAUAUUUGUCUCAAGUAUAAGUAGAUAUAAAUUUAAAUCUUGGUUGCUUUAGAGAAUAAUUAAACUAAGGUGACUAUCUAUUUAUUGAUAGAGAUGGUAUUCAAAUAGAAAAAAGCUUUGAAAACAACUUUAAAGUUAUUGAUAUUUUAGACCAAGUCUCGAAUACUAUUUACUUGAAGCCUGAACAAUAAAAGUUAUACCAAUUUUCUAAAGAUGCACUCUUCUAGCUAGAAAUAAAAAACUAAGAAAUCGAGAAUCUUAAAAAGCAGCUCUUAGAGCAGAAAAUGUAUGCUAGAAAUCUUGAGAUCGAAAUAGAGAAAGUCAAAAAAAUUGAUGACUAAGAUGCUAAAAAAUAACUUUUCUCUAACCUAAAUGUUAAUAAGGAAUACUAUGAAGAAGAUGAAUACAAAUCUUCAUCCGAUACUCUUCAAAAAAAAUUUAUAAAUGAUAAAGAUUAUUUCAAAUACGUUAUUUUAACCCCAGUUUCUUCUAAUUAGUAAAACAGCACAUCAAACAUGAACUCUAAAAAAUUGAAUUUAGAAAAUAAUGUAAUCAAAAAAGACUAGCUACAGCUACAGUGUGAAUAGCAGUUAUACAGAAGCCAGCACUUAGAAAAGGUGCUUUACCCUUCUAAAAAGAUAAAAGAGCUCACCUAUGAAGAACUGUAAAAGAGAAAAAUAGAACACUAAGUGAACAUAAUCAGACCAAGGAUAGAGAAUAAUCUGAAUAAACUAGAAUCACAAAUGAGACAAAUGGAAUUUAUUCUCAAAAACAAAGACUAAAUCAAUAUGAACAAAAACUACCAUAUAACAAUAACUCAAGAAACCAUAAAUAGAGUCCAGACUAAGUAUAGCAACACUGUUUGUAUGUUAUGUAACAUAACUUGCCAUGAAAACUGCACAUACACAAACGAAAAAUCUGACUGCAUAGCCAUGCAAGAAGAAUUCUGCACAGUAUGUCCUUAAAGAUGUACCUGGGAAUAACAUUAAAACAAGCAAUACAAAAUCGAAUAUAGCUUAGUUACUAAAGUGGUUACUGUUGAUGAUCUUAGAAAAAUGUAUUGCCAAACUGAAUCAGACAGUCUUCAAAGCGAUUAAAUUCUACUAGGGCUUAUGAAAGAAUUUCUCACAACAAAGAAACAAAUAUAUGAUGAAAUCAAUAAUCUCAAAACUUCUAUCAAUAAAUUCGGAAAUCUGCUUAAUAGGCCAAAUGAUAUCUCCUCCUUAGAGAUCAUUGAAUCGAUGAUACAAAAUGAAAAGUUAGUCAGAAAAAUUGGAUUUUAAUUAAGAGUAAAGCACCUAGAAGAUUUAAAAAAUUAAUUUUAGAAUAUCAACCAAUUACAAGGAGAUUUAAAAUAAAAAGAGAUAGACCUAGUAUUUAGUGACUACAAACAGCAAGUUAUCAACUUGAAAAUAUAAAGCAUAAACUAAAUUUUAUUUGGAUGA